GAUCCGCCUGUGACCGCGACAGACAGACAAGCGAGGCCCAGCCUAACUGGCGCGGAUGAAGUGGAUCACCGGAGCGCAACGAAAAUUACUUAGACUGACGGAUAGUUUUUGUAUGUAGUGUAAGAAAUAGACGAAAAGUGGAUUCGCUGCAGGACAUGGGAGUCUUCAAGUGGCUGCGUCGGGAACGUGUAACGGUGACCACUCGUCACGUGAGUCCCGAGCCCACGACUCCAGAAGAACAAUGCCCAAAGAGUGCCUCGCAGGUGGGCACCAUACGCACCGAGGAGUACAAGCGGGACUUGGCAGAGUUCCAAGCGAGGAGGUCCGCGGGAAGCAAAGACCUACAAGUCACACCCUCCAAGAAGAAAUGCGGCCGCCACUCGCUACCGGUCUCCUGCACAGACUGCGCAGAACACGAUAACACAUUCAACUACGAGAAGAAAUCCGCCGUCAAAUACAAGAAGAAAACCCACAAACGAAUCAGAAGCGCCAUGUCCGAAGAGAAGAUUUACGACGGCCUCCCAAACAUACAAUUUCUGUUCCAAAAUCAAGUUUUUAUGCCCGGAAAUAUGCUGGCGACGUCUACUUACUCCGAACCACACAAAUCGCGGCGAAAUUCUCGGCAAAGAUGCUACAGGCCGCCAGAUCCUGAAUUCCAAGCCCAAAGGCAUAUAGAUUUUAAAGACGAAGAUCGCGUGGAUUCUCCAGAAUUCUGCAAAAAGAGUUCCUUGCCUUUCGACCUGAGGAAUUUUUUGGAUGGUACUAGAAGUGAUGUGGAGGAAGUAGACGGUGCGAAGGAGGGGGGAGACGUGAAGAUAUCUAGUCAGUUAUCAUCAAACGGCGUUAACAAUGACAGCGGGGAAGAUAAGCUUUGGGAGGUGAUGAGCGAGCUGAAGAAUCUUGACCAGUGGGCAGACGAGCAACUGCAGCCCCGGUCGCCGAAUACGACCAAGUCUGAAGACAGCAAAAGUGACACAAGCGCAUUGGGGCUGCCGAUCGCGAGCGCAAGCAACCUAGACGUGAGCUCAGACAGUAGUAAGGUGUGGAACCACGGCCGCUGGGGCGUGGUCCCGGUGCAAAUCAAGAGGAUGCCCGGUGUCACAGGCGAGCACGUCAGGAGGAAACGGAACACGGAGAUAAACAUAUUGAGAAAAUGUCGCCACCCUAACAUCAUCCUGCUAAUGGGGCUGUAUCCCGACGUGCACAAUAACGUGCAUAUCGUCUGCGAGCGCUGUGUCGAUACGUUGUAUGGCAUAAUACAUGUGCAAGGCCGGAUUCUAACCGCUCAAAUAUCGGUGCGCUACGCUCUGGACAUCGCGAAUGCUCUAGUCUUCCUUCGGAUGCAAGGAUACGUGCACAGCGAAUUAAGCAGCCACAGCAUCAUGAUAACUGGCCAUGACGCGGCCAAACUGGCCGACCUUAGUCCGUGCCUGAAGCUGCCGAAAGCGAGGGAGAGAAGAGAUAAGGGGUACGAGAUUUACUCGCCGGAGCCGCAGUAUGCUACUAUUGAAGAUACGCGUGAAACCAACAGCGCGGAAUGCGAGCCUCUCAUAUCGGAGCGUUCGUCAGAGGCGUACCUGACCUCCCACGCGGUGUCAAAGGACUACCUGACGUGCCGGAACUCUGAGCACUACCGCUGGCAAGCGCCGGAACUAUUCGAGCCAGAUGAAGAAGGCUUUGUUCACGCGUGUUCUCGCAGUGAUGUGUACUCGCUCGCACUCAUACUGUGGGAGUGCUGCAACGGUGAGUCUCUCUCCUACCUCUUAGGACUACUGAUGAAUCGGAACUCUGAGCACUACCGCUGGCAGGCGCCGGAACUGUUCGAACCUGAUGAGGAGGGCUUUCUCUUAGGACAACUGACUUGUUGGAACUCUGAGCACUACCGCUGGCAAGCGCCGGAACUAUUCGAACCAGAUGAAGAAGGCUUUGUUCACGCGUGCUCCCGAAGCGACGUCUACUCGCUCGCGCUUAUACUGUGGGAGUGCUGCAACGCUGCGCUCCCAUGGAAGACACUAUCCUACGACAAGCUCAAAGAGCUCUACGUGCUAUGGAAGACGGGCAUCCGUCUACCAAACAACGGGACCUACCCGGGCAGCCUACUGGCCCUGCUGCAAGGCGGGCUGAAGGUGCAACGCGGGGAGCGCAUAGACCUGGCUGUUAUGCAGGACACUUUGCAGAAUGUUAAGCGCAACAUUGACGAUCUGGAGUACAUAGUCAUACCGGCGAGGCUAGCUAAGAAAAAGUCUGACUUCAGUUCUAUGGCCUGGGACACCACAUCGCCUACCGAUUCCGACUGCCUGAGUCCGCGCGACAUACAACACGACGUCGUGGUCCACAAAGAAAGAGACAGCUCUACUGAGAGCAGCGAGAAAGACUGCAGCAAAAGCGACAGCCCACAUUACGAACAAAUCCUCAAAUCGCGCACCGAAACUUAUACCAUCCCCGAGAAAUGCUUCAUAUCGGAUGAGGACCAAGUCGAUGAUAGGCCAGUUCUAAAAUACAACCACCUCCCAGAGAAAGACUUUUCUAGCGCCUGCUCGACUCCAAUAGCAAAAAUCAGGGCGCGCAUCAAAGAUAUAGGCACGCCAGGCUUACACAGAAGCGACUCCACCGAAUAUUGCAGCAUUCUAAGCCCGAACCGCACGAACCAUUUUGCGUCUAAUAACGAAACGUUCAAUCUCAAUGAAAGACCCACGACGAAACUCAGCAGGAGUUUCACCCCUAAAUCGUACAAACCCCUUCACAUCAAAGUGCCGGAGUGCAAUUUGGACUCUAUUAAAGAUAUAUUGAAGGAACAUAAUGGCAGUGAACGUUCGUCGUACAAUUUUGAUAUUAAAAACUACAGUUUGCCGACGACGCCGAUCGCGCGGAGCAAUAAGCUCAGGAAAAACGCGUGGCUCUCAGGCGACUUGAGUAUGACACGACAGAGCAACGAGGCGUUGCAGGAUUCAAAGAAUAGUAGUAAAGACAAAAAUGAAGAUUCGCCGCCAGACACUCCAAUGAUGUCUAAUAACACAUCGUUGGAAAAAGAACAGCCUGUUGAAACGACAGGUUUUCAAUAUCCCACAAAAGAAUGCUCUCCGCAAAGUGUCGAGACUCAAGACAGCUUUUCCGGACUCAGGACGGCGAAUCAGACCCAAUUGUCGCCCGAGUGCGAAGACCCAGUGCGGGAAAGAAGCAACUCCUGGUCAUUCCGCACCUCCAUGGACCGCAGCAAGUUCAAGAUGGAGGAGGACGUUCUAACAGGCGUCAACGUGAAGCCUCUGGUGGCCAUACACGAGCGCUGGAUAUACGAGGCCAACCGCAAGACCGGCCGGUCCAUGUCGCUGCCUGAGGACCACAAGUGA